AUGGCGGCGCCUGGAGCCCCCGUAACCGUCACCGUCACUUACAGUAAUGAGAAACAUAGUAUUCAGGUUGCUUCUCAACAAGAAGAUGGUGAACCUACACUACAAGACAUGGCUGCACUUAUUGAACAAGUUACUGGAGUUCCAGUUCCUUUUCAGAAGCUGAUAUACAAAGGAAAGUCUCUAAAAGAAUUGGAACAGCCAUUGUCAGUACUUGGUGUUAAAAAUGGUUGCAAAGUCAUGUUGAUUGGGAAAAGGAAUAGUCCAGAAGAAGAGGCUGAAUUAAAGAAGUUAAAAGAUUUGGAGAAGUCAGUGGAGCAAAUAGCUCAUAAGUUAGAGGAAGUUAAUAAAGAGUUCACAAGUAUCCAGAAGGGAUUUUUAGCAAAAGAUCUCCAAGCAGAAGCACUAAAACAGCUGGACAAGAGGAUAAAAGCAACUGCUGAGCAGUUCAUGAAGAUCCUGGAACAGAUUGAUGCCAUUACUCUGCCAGAGAAUUUCAGUGAUUGCAAACUGAAAAAGAAAGCAUUGGUAAAAAAGGUUCAGGUUUUUCUUGCCCAGUGUGAUACCGUUGAAGGAAGUAUUGGACAAGAAAUAGACAAGCUACAGUCAAAGAAUUUGGCACUGGCGGAAUGA